CCCUUGGUUUCGGCUGGUUUUGAAGUCAGGGAAAUGGCUGGCCUUAGCUUCUCUCAACCGUCAAGGUAUCCUCCUGAGAUUCUGGGCGGGCAACGGGCAAUCCACCUUCAAAGUCUGUGAGUAGUAGGAAGGGUGCCUAGUGUAAGAGUGGAGUUUACCAAGGAGGUGAUCCAACCCCUGCUGUUUAUGAGCCACAAACCAUCAUGAACUUUGGAGCUUUAAAAAUAUUACAAGACCACCAAGAAAGGAAAGCUAUGUUCCUUUGAUUCUCUCUGAAUUUUGCAAAGACAUAGAAUUAGAUUUUAAAAUACUGUAUGAAACAACAUGGAUGAAAUCGAUCUUUCCCAUGUCAUUUUUCAUAAUACUUCUGACACAUGGUUGUCAUUCAUCCAGCGUGUGUUUUUGAAUUCUGCUGAUGAUCUUCCUGAAAUUAUUCUUAUAGUGUCUCUCAUUUGUACUAUUGGAGCAUUUUUGAACAUGCACUUGAAAAUCUUUCUAAUUCCUGUCCCUGUGAUAUUGUUUUUACUUGGAUGCUGUCUUGAAAUACUGAGUUUUACAUCUUUUGAAAUCCAAAGAUAUGCAGUUACCAUACAAUGGAUGAAUCCAGAGUUAUUUUUUGGUAUAUUCAUACCAGUAAUUAUGUUUAAUGUUGCAUUAGAAAUAGAUGUAUAUAUGCUCCAAAAGUUAAUGUGGCAGAUAUUUUUAAUUGCAAUUCCUGGCUUCUUCGUUAAUUAUAUGUUAAUUUUGUGGUAUCUGCAAUCUGUGAAUAAAUUGCUUUUGAAACCCAUGCAGUGGUCACUAUUUUCAGUUAUUCUUAUGAGCUCAGAUCCCCUGUUAACUGCAGCUGCCAUAAAAGACCUUGGUCUUUCUAAAAGUCUCAUAAGUUUGAUUAAUGGAGAAAGCGUGAUAACCUGUGUUAUAGCAUUAAUCGUAUUUUCUACCACUAUGGAUAUUAACAUGAGAAGUCAACACAUAGUAAACCAUAAUUUAGCCCAUGAUAUUAUGCUAGCAAUUUGGACAGAUAUUGUAGGAAGUCUCUUGUUUGGAAUUUUAAGUUCAAAACUGAUUCAGUCGUGGAUGUCUGACAUUCAUUUUGAUGAUGUCAGUUACACAAUUCUCAUCUUUACAGCGCUGUACCUCAUCUAUUACAUUUGUGAGCUAGUUGGACUGUCUGGAAUAUUUACCAUCACUUCUAUAGGACUUUUUUUAAAUUCUACAAGUUUUAAACCACGAAUUGGAACACUUCUUUUUGAACUCUGGGAUUGUCUAACAUUUAUUGCCCUUCUUAUGGUGUUUAGUUUCAGUGGACUUCUAAUUCCUGCACAUACAUACUUGUAUAUAUCAUUUUCUGAUAUAUAUUAUUCAUUAAAUAUCUACUUUACAGUGCUUGUUUUUAGAUUUCUGCUGUUACUAUUUUUGAGUCCCAUCUUGACACGAUUUGGUCGUGGAUUCACCUGGCGUUGGUCGCUCAUAAUAGCCUGGAGUGAAAUGAAAGGAAUACCUAACAUAAACAUGGCCCUUCUGUUUGCUUAUUCUGAUGCUUCUUUUGGAUCUGUGAGGGAAAAAUCUCAAAUACUAUUUCAUGGAAUGACAGUAUGCUUAAUUAACUUGAUUGUCCACAACUUUAUUUUGCCAAUGGCAGUUACUAAACUAGGUCUUCGUGAUGUCACAUCAACAAAAUAUAAAUCCAAUCUUUAUACAUUUCAACGCUUUCAAGAGCUAAUCAAAUCUACAGCCUCCACACUGAAAUUUGACAAAGAUCUUGCUAAUUCUGAGUGGAGCAUGGUUGAUAAGGCAAUUCUACUUCAAAACCCAUUUGCAUUGAGUCAAGAAGAAGCAAAAGAACGUGAGAAGCUGAAAUGUCCGAGCUGUAACAAGGAAAUAGAUGAAGCCUUCACCAUUGAAGCAAUGGAGCUGGCUGGCAAUCUCCUUCUGUCAGCGCAAAUAGCCAGCUACCGAAGACAAUACAAGAGUGAAAUUUUGUCCCAGAAUGCAGUUCUGGUGUUGGUAGGCGCCUCAGAAAGUUUUGGUGAGAAAAAGGGAGAAUAUAUAAAUCCUGAAAAAAUAAAGAAAUACUUUGAAAGCAAAAAUCUGCUUGGUGUCUUUAGAAAAGUACUGCUCAAUUUGCUGUACAAUACUAAAAAAGAUAAAGGAGUCCCCUCAAAAUAUCACUUCCUUCGUACAUGCCAUAACAUAAUAUCUAUUAAUGAAUUUGAGUAUAUUGGAUACCUUGCAAUACUAAUGAAUACAUUUCCUAUUAUCAUCUCCUGGAUAUCUUUGUUAAAUGAAAUCUAUGUCUAUGAAAUAAGACAUGCUAGCUACUUUUUCCUUACCCUAUAUAUUCUAGAGGCUCUACUUAAGAUCACAGCAAUGCAGAAGGAAUAUUUUUCAUAUUCCUGGAACCUCUUUGAGUUAGCAAUUACAUUCAUUGGCAUCCUAGAUGUAAUACUUUUUGAGACAGGAUUCACUGCUCAUAAUUUUAUCUUAACUGAAAUAAUGAAAAAUAUUCCACUCCUUCGUAUAGCACGUGUUUUGAAGCUCAUAACACCAAAGUUACUACAAAUAAUAGAUAAAAAAAUGAGUCAUCAGCAAUCCUUUAGGUAUGCAAUACUGAAAGGAUAUAUCCAAGGUGAAAUAGAUGCAAUGAAUAUAAUAGAUGAGAUUGCAACCUCCAAUCAGGUCAAAGAGAUGUUAUUAAAGCGGGAAACAAAGAAUAUGGAAUGUGCUAUGAAAGAACUAGGCUACUUAGAGUACGACCACCCAGAAAUAGGUGUCACUAUGAAAACCAAGGAGGAGAUCAAUGUCAUGCUCAAUAUGGCUAAUGAAAUUCUCAAGAGUUUUGAGACAAAAGGAAUUAUUAAUAAAAAUGAGAGUGCUGAAAUUAGUAAGUUAAUAAUGUCCAAAAAAAGAGAAAUACAUGAUUUUCAGUCUAUUAUCAAGCCUCUUACUGUGGAAGAAAUCCUAUAUCAUAUUCCAUGGCUUGAGAAAAACCCAAAGUAUAUAGACUUUAUUCAGGCUAGAGCCAGAAUUGUAACAUUUGAUUGUGGAAAUGAUAUAUUUCAAGAAAAUGAUGAACCCAGAGGAAUCUAUAUAAUUAUUUCAGGCAUGGUAAAGCUUCAAAGAGAAAAGUCAGAUUCAGAGGUUGACUACAUUCUCUUGGAAUCAGAGGAAAGAGCUUAUCCUAUUGCUAACAAAGACUAUGUGCUUGGUGGAGAAACAAUAGGAGAAUUAAACUGCUUAACUGAUGAACCAAUGCAAUAUUCUGCCACCUGCAAAACUGUAGUUGAGACAUAUUUUAUUCCCAAAGCUCACUUGUAUGAAGGCUUUCAAAAAUACUGCCCUCUAAUUGAACAGAAAAUGUGGCUAAAAAUUGGACGUGGUGUUGCUGCCAGGAAAAUCAGGGAACAUCUGUCUUAUGAAGACUGGGACUACACGAUGCAAUUAAAGCUUAGCAACAUUUAUGUAAAAGAUAUACCAAGAAUCAUCAAAACUGAUAUCUAUGAAGAAAAUGUAACCUAUGUUUUCCUCAUACAUGGAACAGUAGAAGAUUGUCACCUACGGAAAAUUUAUAAAGCACCUUUCUUAAUUCCUGCAACAUGCCAUCAGAUACAAGGCACUGAAGAUUUCACAAAAAUAGUGAUUAUUCGAACUUCAAUUGAUAUGAAAAAGAUCAAAUGGAAUACAUCAAAGUUUGUACCUGUAUUUGGAAUUCCUUCAGUAUCAGAAUCAUUAGGUGAGACCAGCCCAGAGUUUGAAAACCACAUAAGAAUGGGAGGCAAUAGCACACUUCAAACAUGCAAGCAUACUGCUCUUUACUGACCU